AAAGACUGGUCCAGCCACCGCAGGUGCUCCUGAGGAGAUCCAUCAGCGUGUCCUUGGCGUUUAGCCUGACCUUGAUCAGGAAGAACAAACAACGGCGCACCGUUCCGACCGCCGACGCGCGAAGAGAACGAAGGAUGGCGGGACGCGUGGAGUCGAAGGUCCUGGUGACCUUGUUGCUCCUCAUCCUACCAGGUGUGCUGACUAUCCAAAACAACCGAACGUCCUCCCGUUCCUCCCAAGAAGUCACGGUUGCUAGCAGUGACACCCAGAGGUACCCGAAUUGGGAAAAGACGUCAAACGUCUUACACCGUGAUGGAUCGCCGACUUUCCAGAGGACCGUUCCGGCGUUCCAACUGGAAAGCUCAAGGAGCGUUGACAACUUCGACAAAAACGAAGUGAGAUUCGAAGACGAGGAUACCAGACACGUGGAAGCUAUGGACGAGUUGACGUCCUCGAAAUACAUCGACCAUAUCGAUGGCAACAAUAUAGAAGUCAAACCUGACAAAUACUAUCAUAUAUCACCCACAGCGAGCGAAUUCUUGUCGGGGGAAGGACAAGGGGCUCCGCAGAGACCGAAACUCUUGACGGAGCCCCAUCAGCUAGCUGGAGUGUCGCCCCAACAAGCACAAUAUCUGCAGGCGGUAGAUCAACAAAGACGAGCACGCCAGGAGACCGCGAGGAUCUAUAGCGAACACGCACCGCCGCCUAUUCUGCAGACCGCUUCUCCAGGGCAACGACAGGCGAACCCCGACAUACAGGACAUCAUCACGGGGAUCGUCAAGCUGCUAAAUGGAAACGUAAACGUCGCAGCGAACACUGUUAGGCCACUGAGACCGAUCCAAGCUACCAGGAUCAAUAACAGAGGGCCACCGCGAAUUUCCGACGUACCGCCGUUACCACCGGACUUCGACACGCCUGGAAUGAAUCCUCCUCCUCCGCCGGAUCAUCCUUACCCAUUCGAGAAACCGCCGGCACCAGAUAGACCAUUGGUCAAUCAGCUACCACCGGAAAGACCGGUCAGACCCUUCGUGAACGGAGUCCCGUUGCCAGAGCAAAUUGUUCCGCAAGGGAAUCGCCCGUGGACAUGGAAUCGUCCCGGGGGCAACAGACGACCGAUCCCGCCGUACAAACCGCUGCCGCCGUCGUUGGAUUCCUCCUUUCAUCGGGAGAAGGAACAGGACGACAAGCACACGGAUAAAUAUCACUUCGACUCGAAACCCGACGGCAAGCCGACGAACGAAUCCUCCCCUAAAAAGGACGAGAACUAUCGGAACGAGACCACCACGAAUGGUCUGGAAUAUCCAGCCAAAGUCCACGCGGAGGAUAACCACCAGAAAGAUAAAAACGACUCGAGGAUCGCGGAAAAACCGAUCGGUGAGGACGCGACGAAAAAACCAGACGCCGAGAGCUCGACGAAAAAAGAGCACAAGCAUCAAUCGCCGCAUAAGGAGAAUAAAAUAAGUAACGAGAAGACGACGACAGUUGGAGUGGAGCCUAGUCAUUCCAAUCAAGUGAGCGACGCGAAGCACGAUGACUCUCCGAAGCCUGUGAUACCGUUGGAAGUAAAACCGACGAAAUCGACCAAGAACACCGACGCUCACAACGCCACUUUAAAACCGAGCAACGAGAAGACUAUGGAGAAGUCGACGAUUACCAAGACGACGACGAAAUCCUUCGCUACGUCCACGCUGAACAUCGAGACCAGCUCGUCGGUCCACGUGAUUCAACCCACGACGACGAAAACGAUCGUCUCGGCCACGAAGCUUGCCACCGCUGAUAAUUCGAGUAACAAUCUCCCGGACACGACGACCAUGGUGGCAUUGGAGCCGAGCAAAUCGUCCGAUUUCGAUACCGCGACGAGCACGUCGAGCGUCCCGACGCCAACGGACAAUUUCCCAUCCACGUUCACGAAAACCACAUCGACCACGGAGAAAAGCACGAUUCACGCACCAGCCACCAACACUUUUACCAAGAGUUCAGCCCCCACGGAUCGCUAUGCUUACCGACCCCGACCUGGAAUCGUCCUCGACGAUACCUUGGAUUACACAGGAUCUCAGGGACUGGCGACUCAACGACCGUACGCGCCACCGAGGCAUCCACCUCUCGGUGAUAUUUUUGAUGUCACGGUCUCGGCUAUCCAAGGCCCUGGCGGUGGAGGCUCCGGGGACGGAGUCAGGGUGCCGGUAAACGCGGGCAGCGCGGACGUGAUUCUAACAUCCGCUGUCGAGGGUCAAGGAUUCGUCAGCAUCGACGGGAAAAGGACGUACCUGAACCUGUUCGAAAAUACGGAUCAAACGUCGACGCACGUGCAGUCGCAGCCUCAACCGACGAGGACGCAACCGCCUGCUGUUGUCGGCACUGGAUUCGCGGUCCCACAACCCGAUCCUCCAGCUCUGAGUCCAAGACCCAUAGGACCGAUUCGAAGGCCAACGUUCCACAGGAGACCGACUCAACCCCCGGUGAGAAUCGACACUUGCAUCGUGGGCGACACGAGCACUUGCGACAUCAGUCAGCACGAGGCGUGCGCCACCGUCCAAGGAGUGUCUGCUUGUCACUGUAAGCCAGGAUACGCCAGAUUGCAGCACUCCUUGCCGUGCAAAAAAAUCAUCAGUAUCGUGGUGUCCAUGAGAGUGGACAAGAUCUACGACAGGAAAGUCGUGUGGGAUCAAGGGUUCACGGACAAGGACUCCGAAUCCUACCAGACUUUGGCCUACGAAGCCAAUCGAGCUAUCGAAUCCGCCAUGUCGAUGACGCCGUUCUCGGACGAGUACAUGGGCUCCUCGAUAAACGGCGUGUAUCAGGGUGACGUGAGCCAAGGGCAAGGAGGUGUCUUCGUCAACGCAACGUUGAAACUCACUUACGAACCGAGAACGAUCAGACCGAGCCUGGCGGGAGAAUUGCAGAGACAUUUGCUCGGUGUUAUUCACAGAAGAAGCAAUAAUAUAGGAAACAGUGCCCUGUACGUCGACAGUCCACCGGGAUCUAUAUCAAACCUACAAGAUCUGGACGAGUGCAUGUCGUCGGAAUUGAACGACUGUCAUUCGUUGGCAACUUGCGUAAACAAUUGGGGCGGGUUCACUUGCUCUUGCAAUCCGGGAUUGAAAGAUACUCACAAGGAUGACCCUAAUGAAUCCGGCAGGACCUGUAUAUCCUGUCCCUCGACUUACUGCAACAAUCGAGGAUCGUGCUCCUACCAGGGAGACCACAUGCAGUGCACGUGUACUGGUAAUUACUAUGGUGCUCAAUGCGAGGUCGAUGGAGAGGUCCUGGGCGUAGCAAUAGGAGCGUCGGUAGCUGCUUUAAUAAUUAUAGUUUUAACGCUCGUAUGUCUGGUCAUGUGGAGUCGAAGAUGGUCGCGGGAACAGAAAUCGGUUGGUUCGCCAGUUUACGGAUACAUUCAGGGUGGUAUCCCUGGUACACUCCCAGGAACUUUAGCGAGGGUCGGUUCCGUGGGCACUCUGGCUUCCGUAAAGCAAGGACCACCGACCAACUUGCCACCCUAUAUGUGGGCACACUUUGCUGAUCACAUGGCGACUGCCAACGUAUACGCGACGGAGCCCAUGGGUCCGACUCGACCCAGUUCAGCCGUGUUUGGCUAUCCACCUCUGAACGUUCACGGAACAUUACCACCAGUUCCGUUGCCAAGACUUCAAGCUCCACCGAGAUCAAGACAAAGACACCAACCAGACCCGGACAGCUCGGACUCCGAGCUACAGGAUAAGGAUAGGGCUGACUUGAUCCCGCAGAACAGCGGCUUCCAUGUUCCCAGGCCGAAGUCUAGGUCAUCCUUGGCGAAUCAAAGCGGAAUCUACAACGAUGUGGAGUACGAUCAGGGCGACGUGCACCAUUUGUCGAAAAAUAAUAUUCCGAUGUCUACAUACCGGCCGUACUAUCGAACGUGAGAUCCGAGAAGUCUAGUUUAGUAACAUUUUAACAAAGACAAUGAUCGAAGAACUGUGACUGGUAUCGUAACGUAGCCGAAAACAACAGAGAAAAUAAUACAAUUUAUUACCAAUCUACUUUGUCACUUUCGGCUACGCUGUUCACGUCGACGUAACUCAGUGUUAGCAUUACUUAAUUCUUAAUUAUUCGUUAUUAUAUAGAUAUUUAUUAUCCUAGUACUAUCGUCGAAAUAUCGUAUCUAUCAAAACACCCAAAAAAAAAAAGAGGAAAGAUAUCAAGGCUGUUUCUUUGUAAGAAUCUAUCGAACGAAGGGUGCAUACUGAACGACUAGUAUUAAAAACGAUUGAUCCUUUUAAUUGUUACUUAGCAUAAAUAACUUGGAGCAUUAACUCGUCUUAACGAUAGAUAUUUAUAUUGUACGGUUUAAUAGCACGUAACGACGAAGACGCGUUGCUAUGCGACGAAUAGCGAUCUUCUUAAAGCAAAUGUUAAUUACGCUCUUUGCGCGAUCAUCGUUAUCUCGACGCUUGACUGGUUAAACCGUCGAACAACAGUAAUUUUUACGCAGUAUCGCGUAAUGUUACGCAAAUUAUAUGAAUU